AUGGAAGAAGUGCUGAAGAAGUACGGGUCUCCUGCGAGAAUAGGUCCCAACAUGAUCAUGACCGACGACCCUGAGUUCGUUCGGGUCAUGACAGCUCCCCGCUCGCCGUUCAGGAGAGGCCAUUGGUAUAAAGGCAUGAAGAUCGACCCUCGGAUCAAUAAUCUCCUGUCCGAACAAGACGAGAGACGCCAUGCGGAGCUGAGGGCGAAGAUGAUGCCAGGAUACACGGGCAAAGAAGUCCCCAACCUCGAACAGAGAAUCGACGAACGGGUGCUCGAUCUGGUGGAUCUGAUCCAGCGGGAAGGGGUCGAGAAACACGCCCCAAUUGAUUUUGCCGUCUUUGCCCAGUACUUCACCCUCGACAGCCUCACGCAUAUUGCGUUCGGCCACCCCUUUGGCUUCCUGAUCGAAAACAAGGAUCUUUACGACUACAACAAGUCCAGCACGGCGUUCUUCCCCGUCAUGGAGCUGGGCACGAACCUGCCACUCAUCCACUUCAUUCUGUCCAGCUCUCUGAUGCAGGCCCUCGCGGGUCCCAAGCCGGAAGACAAGGCAGGGCUCGGGGCCAUCAUCGGCAUUGCGCAGAAGAUUGUCGCAGAUCGCUUCGACCCGACCUCCGAGUCCAAGAGUGAGCAGGACAUGCUCAACUCGUUCAUCAGGCACGGUUUGACCCAGCUGGAAGCAGAGUCAGAGUCUCUUCUGCAGAUCCUCGCCGGCUCGGACUCCACCGCCACCACCAUCCGCAUGACGUUCAUGUACAUCCUGACGAACCCGGCCGUGUACGCGAAGCUGCGCGGGGAGAUAGACGCGGCCAUCCAGGCGGGCCACAUCUCGUUCCCGGUGGUCACCCACGCCGAGGCGAACCAGGCACUGCCGUACCUGCAGGCGUGCAUCAAGGAAGGGCUGCGGCUGUGGCAGCCGCUGAACGGCAUGCAGACCAAGCUGUCGCCGCGCGACGAGGAGAUCGUGGUCGGCGGCGGCGUGCGCAUCCCGCCCGGCACCCAAGUCGGCGUGAGCCAACACGCCAUGAUGCGCCGGACGGACCUAUUUGGGCCGGACGCCGCCGUCUUCCGGCCCGAGCGCUGGCUCGAGGCGGAUCCGGACACGGCCAGGGCGUACGAGCGCGUCUGGGAGCUGUCGUUUGCCGCGGGCCGGUUCACCUGUCUGGGAAAGGGAAUUGCGUUGAUGGAGUUGAACAAGGUGUUUGUCGAGCUCUUCCGCCGCUUCGACUUCGGCCUUGUCAACCCGGUCGAAACCGUCGAGACCAAAUGCCACCAGAUCCAUGUUCAACGGAAGAUGUACCUCCAUGUCACGGCUCGGGCAAGCUGA